CUUGAAAGUAACAUAUGAUUGAGUAAUAAAUAUGUACAGAGAUACAAGUGUGUAAAGAGCUAAUUUCUAAUUGUGUUUAUUUCAGCUUUUGAAUGUGCUCAUUCAUAGUUUUUGGGUCAUAUCCAUGUCUCACAACUGACCUUUUACAACAGAAUCUUCUUUUCAGGGGGAUGCCCUUUGCUUCUCAGAUGUAAUGCACCUUAUGUUUAUUUUUCAACAGUGAAAAUGAGUCAUACAGAGGUUAAAUUAAAAAUACCUUUUGGAAGUAAAUUACUGGAUGCCGUUUGUUUGGUACCUAACAAGAACAUAGCAUAUGGAAUAAUUCUUACACAUGGAGCAUCAGGAGAUAUGAAUCUUCCUCAUUUGAUGUCACUGGCAUCCCAUCUUGCAUCUCACGGGUUUUUUUGCCUGAGAUUUACUUGCAAAGGCCUUAAUAUUGUACAUAGAAUUAAGGCAUAUAAAGCAGUUUUGAGUUACCUGAAGACCUCAGGAGAAUACAAACUUGCUGGUGUUUUUCUUGGAG